UCUUCUUCCUCCAAAUCUCUUCGUCUAGGGUUUAUCCUCUCUCGCCUCCGAGAUCCAACUGGGAGAUGGGAGAGAGGUCGAAGCAGUGGAUAUUGAUCGGGACCGGAGCUCUCUUCGGCUCCCUCUCCACCAUCGCUCUCCUCAAGUUCUUCUCCAGCUUGGGCCUUUAUGGUUCAGGGGUUUAGGGCUUGGUAUCGUUGUUGCGUGGAGGUUCUUAUGACUUGAUUCGUGUUCGCAGAUACGCAUCGAGGCUACGAAUAAAAUCUGUAGAUGAUGGGUUUGCAGCGGAUGAUGAUAUGAAUGGUUGGUCUUUUUCUCCGUUAAUUGCGUUUAUCAACGCGUGCGAAUCUUGAUGCUAUUUCCGAGGACAAUCUUAUGUUUAAACACGUCUUUUCGCUUUAGGGUUUGAUUUCCUCAUUUGAUGCAUUUAACGUCUUGUAAUGCUCUCAAAGUUAUUAGGCGUUUCAGAUGCACACUUAUCCACGCAUCAUUAGCCUAGAGCUAAAUGUCUCAGUUGGUAGAGGCAGAAAAAGACUCAAGGAUCUUCGGGAUGGUUUGGCUGGUUCAGAUCUUUUGACAGAUGAGGUGGUCUCUGAACAACUUACAAGGAAUAUUCAAUUUUUUGGCAUGGAAUCUCAAAAAAAAGUGACUGAAUCAUUUGUUGUAGUCAUUGGCCUUGGCGGAGUUGGUAGUCAUGCCGCCUCUAUGCUUUUAAGAUCUGGAGUUGGAAGGCUUCUGCUUGUGGAUUUUGAUCAGGUAUCGCUCUCAUCGCUAAAUCGACAUGCUGUGGCUACUAGAGAGGAUGUUGGGAUUCCAAAAGCUAUUUGUCUACAGAAGCACUUUUCAGCAAUAUAUCCAGAAUGCCAAAUAGAAGCGAAAGUGCAGUUGUAUGACGCAUCAUCUGAGGAAGAAAUUCUAUCUGGAAAUCCUGAUUUUGUUCUUGAUUGCAUUGAUAAUAUCGACACCAAGGUGGCACUUCUUGCUGCAUGCGUGCGUAGAGGCUUAAGGGUGCUUUCUGCCACGGGGGCUGGUGCAAGAGCUGAUCCGACUCGAAUUCGUAUUGCAGAUUUGCAGGAAUCUAGCAAUGACCCUCUCUCUCGGGCUGUGAGAUAUCGUCUGAGAAAAGACUAUGGAAUUGACGGCGGAAUACCAGUAGUUUUUUCUUUGGAGAAGCCCAAGGUGAAGCUACUUCCCUUUAAAAUUUCUGCCGCUGAGGAAGAGAACCCAUUGGAUUAUCAGAUCGUGCCAGGUUUUAGGGUUCGCAUUAUUCCAGUGUUGGGAACCAUCCCUGCAAUUUUUGGACAAGUGAUGGCUUCCUAUGUGGUCACAAGACUCGCAGGGUUCUCUGUUCAAACUGAACCAGUGGUUAAUUUGGAUUUGGACCACUAUCGCAUUCUUCAUCAGCGUCUACUUGAGCAUGAGGAGCUAAUAUACGGCUCAGCAGGUCAAGUUCUGGUAGACAUUGAAGAAAUUAUGUAUGUUGUUAAAGAAUUGUGGCAUGGUCGAAGUGCAAGAGAUCAAAGCCAGAAGGGCAUUGGCCGCAAAAUGUGGCGAUCCGUCAAUGAGUUGAUGCUUGUAAGAUGGGACAAAUCAAAACCUGCUACGGUUUCAAAUUUGAUACUUCUUAAAUUUAUUGAGGCCGAGCAACAUGAAUCAACUACAAUCGACCGCAUAAGGGAAGAGGAACCUGAAUUUUACUCUUUGGUGACCCGUGUACUGAGGCGGGCUGAAAUGGAUUUUGCAUUAUGAAGUCCUAUUUGGUGCUACAAGCUUAUACUACCCACUCGGCUAUACAAUUUGGUGUAUCUGGUACCUCGGAUUGCUUAUUUUCCAGAGAUGAGGAAUCUAUUUUGAGCAGUCCAAGAUACGUUACUGUUUUUUUUCUCCGUGAAGGAAUCAGUCAAAUGAGCAGCCGAGAGCCCCUAACUUGUGGUGGGCAAUGGUGGUGAGCGAGAUAUAUUUGUUGGCAAUCUGAAUCUUUGAACACCGACAACAGUCUCGCAAAUGGUAAUCACACUCUUAGAUACACGGUUUCUCCUAUAUUUACAUGUGUAAUCUAUUUCUUGGACUUCAGAAAUCCAUUUUUUCUUACUGUUUCUGUAUUAGCAAGGCAUGAAUACUUUGUGAAAUGUGAUUUACUCUAGAGAAACUGUAAUAGCUCUAUCAUUAUUAAGGUAUGCAAAUUUUUCUCGCUA